UUCUCGUUAAGCAGUUAACAUUUGAGCAACUACUUUAUCUUCUUGAAAUUGGCGACAAGCAUUGUCAUUUGCUAUUUGCCGAAUCAUUGUUGGAUUUUUGUGUUUUAGCCAAGAUGUUUCGAAACCAAUAUGAUAGUGAUGUUACUGUGUGGAGUCCACAGGGCCGCCUCCAUCAAGUGGAGUAUGCAAUGGAGGCAGUCAAGCUUGGUUCGGCCACAGUGGGUCUUAAAAAUUCUGACUUUGCUGUGCUAGUUGCUUUGCGCCGUGCCGCUUCCGAUCUGUCUUCAUCCCAGCGAAAAAUAAUCCCAAUUGAUGACCAUUUGGGUAUAUCAAUUGCAGGAAUAACGGCCGAUGCACGCGUGCUUAGCAAUUAUCUGCGCACGGAGUGUUUAAAUUACAAAUAUGCAUACGGCGCGAGAUACCCAGUUGCACGUCUAAUUUCAAUGCUUGGCAACAAGAUGCAGGUAACCACACAACGUUAUGAUCGACGCCCAUAUGGUGUGGGACUUUUAGUGGCCGGCUAUGACGAAAGAGGUCCACACAUUUUCCAAGUCGAUCCUUCGGCAAACUUUUUCAAUUGUAAAGCAAUGUCAAUUGGUUCACGCUCACAAAGUGCGCGUACAUAUUUAGAACGCAACAUAAGUGCGAAAGGUCGUGAUUUUGUCUGCACAAAAGACGAGCUUAUAUGCCACGGUAUACAAGCUAUACGUGGUUCGCUGCCUAAUGACGAAGAUAGCGAAUCGCCACUGCUGAAUAUUUCUAUUGCUAUUGUGGGCAAAGACCAACCCUUCAAGAUUUUGGACGAUGUGGAAAGUAAGAAGUAUUUGGAUAUGGCGAAGAAAUUGCCAGCACCCCCGGCACCAGCUGAUGAUGAUGUACCAGCCACGGGCGGGGACGAUGAUGAUAAACCUGAUGACUCGCCCCCAGACCCACAAGUACUAGUAGCAACAAUGGAGCGCUAAAACUGAAAUUUACAUUUCGGUGCAUUUCGGUUAAAUAUUAUAAUAAAUAAAAAACUUUAGUUUUGUGGAAUGCUGUAAGCUCGCUAAUUUUUUAAA